AUGCAGAAGCACGCACUCCACACCUCUAGUCCCAAGAAGAAGAUCUCGCCGUUCCUGACCAAGGCCUUUGAGCUGGUCUCUGAUCCGGAGACGGACGCGCUGAUCCGAUGGAAGCAGGACGGACGGUCGUUUGAGAUUGUGGGCGACGACGAGCUGGCGGCGGAGAUUCUGCCGCGGUUCUUCAAGCAUGGGAGAAUUGCGUCGAUGCAUCGGCAGUUCAACCUGUACGGCUUCCGCAAAGUCCGCUUUGGCGAUCCGUCGGACAUGUCCUUCUACCACAAGUGCUUCAUCCGUGACCGGCCUGACCUCCUUGCCAACAUUGUCCGCAACCGCAAGCCCGCUGGCGCAGACGUUGAGGUCCGUGCCCUCGCGCUUCAGUCCGAAGUCGAAUCGCUCAAGCGCAAGCGGUCCGAAAUGGAGUCGGAGCUGACCCUGCUCGCCUCCGGUCACACCGAGCUCCAGUCGCGCCUUGAUGCGGCUGAGGAGACCGUCGUUGCCCUCCGCUCAGAGCUGGCCGAUACCCAACAGACGACUCUGGCCAUGCACGAGACUGUCAGUGCCCUUAUCGCAGCGCUGAGUGCAGACCAGGCUGGGCCCACUGCCGCCGCUGCCGCCGCUGCCGCCGCCGCUGCCUCGGCCGCCGCCGCCGCCACCGCCGCCGCUCCGCUGGCGGCAGCGAGCCUACCCAGCGCGCAGCGUGCUCGCAGCGAGCGGUCGUCGAGCUCAGCUUCGGCAUCGCCGGCAGGAUCGCGUCCGCCGUCGGCGCGGGCGUCGCGGGCCAGCUCGCGGUCGCGGCCGCGGGUGGUUGUGCCGCAGCGCGGCGGAGGCGGAAACGGAGCCGAGGCCAGCCAGCCCCGCACUCAUGGAAGUGCAGCACCCCCUCUUGCCGCGGCGAUGCCAGCGGCGUCGGAAGGACCGCUCCCGCCGCCGCCGCCGGGCGACGCCUCGUUCUACUCGCUCCUCUCGCCGACCUCGAUACAGGCGCUGCUGGCGACGCCAGCGGCGUCGUCGUCGCUGCACACGCUGCUGCACUCCCCGCUGGCGGCGCUGCCGGGCUUCAAGAAGCUCAAGAACCUCAACUCGGAGGCGCGGGCGGCGUACUCGUCGACAACGCUCGCCGAUCUGCUCUCGCCGCGCCCGCCGCCCAUGCCGCUGCCAUCAGGAUCGUCUGCAUCGUCUGCUGCGCCUGCCGCUUCGUCCGCGGCCGAGCGCGCCAGCCUCGCCCUCCCUCUGGACACCCCGCCGUCGCUGCGACACUUUCUCUCGUCGAUUGUCCCGGACAUCUUUGCCUCCCACCCUUGA